AUGGGGAAGGGCUUGAGAAGCCUAGGGUUUCUGGUGGCAGCGGUGGUGCUGAUGGCCGCCAUCGCCGACGGCAGGCAUCUUCAGGAGACGAUGUUGGACGGUGAUGGCUCCGCCGGAGGGACUGGGGCGGGUGAAGGCGGUGGAGGCAGCAGCGGAAGAGGUUAUGGGGGAGGAAAGGGAGAAGGGGGAGGGAAUAGCGUCGGAAGUGGUGGAGGGAACGGUGGUGGCUAUGGUUGGGGCUGUGGAGGCGGUGGAGGGUAUGGCCAUGGCACUGGAGCUGGUUGGGGACACGGAGGGGGUGGCGGGGGUGGCGGCGGAGGAGGCGAAGGCGAAGGUAAAGGUGAAGGCUUUGGGCGUGGUGGCGGUGACCAUGGCGGAGGCGACGGGCAAGGUGGUGGCCGCGGCCGUGGUGGAGAUGGAAGCGAAGGCUAUGGGCACGGUGGUGGCCGUGGCGGACGUUAUGGCCGUGGCCGUGGUGGAGGUGGGGGAGAAGGCUAUGAUGGGCUGGGUGGUGGCGAUGGAGGCGGCCUCUAG